AUGCCUGGAGAGGUCAUCGAUAGGCCAAAUCCCAAGGCUGAGCCUUCACAUAUCCCCGACCUUGUCAAUCAAUUGCAGGUCAAACUCCAAGAGACGAGUUUGGAGGAAUCUGACUACAAUGCCCUGCUGAAAUUCCGCCGAGCAGCGGCCUACAUUGCUGCUGCAAUGAUCUUUCUCCAGGACAAUGUGCUGCUGAAACAGAAUCUAAAGCAUGAGGAUAUCAAGCCAAGGCUUCUUGGCCACUGGGGAACAUGUCCCGGGUUGAUCCUCAUAUACUCCCAUUUGAACUAUAUCAUCAGAAAGCAUAACCUGGACAUGUUGUAUGUCGUUGGACCUGGACACGGCGCUCCAGCUAUUCUGGCUUCGCUGUGGCUCGAGGGCUCUCUAGAAAAAUUCUACCCCAAUUACUCCCGAGAUAUGGAUGGUCUUCAUGAGCUCAUCUCGACUUUCAGCACAAGCGCUGGCUUACCAAGCCAUAUCAACGCGGAAACCCCCGGUGCAAUCCAUGAAGGUGGUGAGCUGGGUUAUGCAUUGGCCGUCUCAUUUGGUGCUGUCAUGGACAAUCCGGAAAUGAUCGUCACUUGCGUGGUCGGUGACGGAGAAGCAGAAACUGGUCCUACCGCGACGUCCUGGCAUGCAAUCAAGUACAUUGACCCUGCAGAAUCAGGUGCCGUCCUGCCGAUCCUCCACGUCAAUGGCUUCAAGAUCAGCGAGCGCACCAUCUAUGGCUGCAUGGACAACAAAGAGCUGGUCUCCCUCUUCACGGGUUAUGGAUACCAGGUGCGCAUUGUUGAGAACCUCGAUGACAUUGAUGCAGAUCUCCACGGCUCGAUGAUGUGGGCAAUUGAGGAGAUCCAUAAGAUCCAAAAAGCGGCGCGUUCCGGCAAGCCAAUAAUGAAGCCUAGAUGGCCAAUGAUUGUUUUGCGCACACCUAAGGGCUGGUCAGGACCUAAAGAGCUCCAUGGGUCGUUCAUAGAGGGAUCUUUCCAUUCGCAUCAGGUCCCUCUUCCAAAUGCAAAGAAGGACAAGGAGGAGCUUCAGGCUCUGCAGAAAUGGCUUUCCUCGUAUAAUCCGCACGAACUUUUCACUGAGACCGGAGAUAUCAUUGACGAAAUCAAGUCUGUUAUCCCUCGGGAAGACUCCAAGAAGCUGGGGCAGCGAGCAGAAUCCUACAAGGGCUAUAGAGCACCUGAUCUCCCAGAUUGGCGAAAGUUUGGUGUAGAAAAGGGCUCUCAGCAAAGCGCUAUGAAGACGAUCGGAAAAUUCAUUGACCAGGUGUUUACCCAGAACCCCCACGGCGUCCGAGUGUUCUCACCAGAUGAGCUAGAGAGCAACAAGCUGGAUGCAGCACUUGCGCACACGGGAAGGAACUUUCAGUGGGAUCAAUUCUCGAAUGCUAAAGGCGGCCGCGUCAUCGAAGUGCUCAGUGAGCACCUGUGCCAGGGCUUUAUGCAGGGAUACACGUUGACGGGCCGGGUGGGCAUUUUCCCAUCGUAUGAAAGCUUCUUGGGAAUCAUCCACACCAUGAUGGUGCAAUAUGCCAAGUUCAACAAAAUGGCUCAAGAGACGACCUGGCACAAGCCGGUCAGUAGCAUCAACUAUAUCGAAACGAGUACAUGGGCUCGUCAGGAGCAUAAUGGGUUCUCUCACCAAAACCCAUCCUUCAUCGGAGCCGUGCUCAGGCUGAAGCCCACCGCCGCGCGUGUCUAUCUGCCCCCUGACGCUAACACAUUUUUGACCACCCUUCAUCACUGUCUCAAGUCCAAGAAUUACGUCAACCUCAUGGUGGGCUCAAAGCAGCCAACUCCGGUGUACUUGAGUCCCGAGGAAGCAGAGAGUCACUGCCGAGCCGGCGCAUCGAUCUGGAGAUUCUGUAGCACCGACAAUGGGCUGGACCCGGAUGUCGUGCUGGUUGGCAUUGGAGUUGAGGUGAUGUUCGAGGUCAUCUACGCGGCGGCCAUCCUCCGCAAGCGUUGUCCAGAACUCCGGGUGCGGGUAGUCAAUGUGACCGACUUGAUGAUUCUGGAGAAGGAAGGUCUACAUCCACAUGCAUUGUCCACCGAAGCCUUCGACAGCCUGUUUGGCUCGGACCGGCCGAUACACUUCAACUACCACGGAUACCCGGGCGAGCUGAAGGGUCUGCUCUUCGGGCGGCCCCGCCUGGACCGGGUUUCAGUGGAAGGAUACAUGGAAGAAGGAAGCACGACGACGCCAUUCGAUAUGAUGUUGUUGAAUCACGUCUCACGAUACCACGUGGCGAAGGCAGCCGUGAUUGGGGCUUCCAGACGGAAUGAGAAGGUUCAGAUCCGGCAGCACGAGCUGGUCAGCGAAUUCGACCACAACAUCGUGGAGACACGCAAGUACAUUCUGGCCAACCGCAAAGACCCGGAUGAUACGUAUGAUAUGCCCUCGUUUGAAUGAGUCCGAAUGAGUAGAGUCAAUGAGAUGAUUCAAGCGUGAAGCAUAUGACAAAGACAUGACCUAUUAUUAGCGCUGAAAAAGAAUGAAUAUCAAAGUAUCCGUCUUUGUGCAGCCGCCGGGGAUGCCAUGUUGAUCAGGCAGGGAUAACAAUAGCGUAGCCAUCGCAUACGGACGUAGAGAUUUUGACAUCUAACUUCUCACUGGCGGGACUAGACUCGCAUCAUCAAAAAGUGAGUAAAUCUGAACCUUUGCUGUGACAGGCCAAAGACUGUGAUUAGUGAUUUGAAAUUGUGAGAGGCUGAGACUUCGUAGCUGAAGGCUGUGUGGGAGACACAGAG